AACUUUCAAUGGAAUGAAGUUUCGGACCUGUGGUCCGUCAACGACAUUAUGGAGGUAAAGAUAUUGAGCACGUCUCAUCAAUGAGAAAUUUAGGUGAGGUCCUCCAAAAUAAUGGAAAGUUCAAUGAGCAUAUCUGCUUGAAGGUGGGAAAAGCCUUUCAAAUGUAUAUUUAGAUUUAUCACACGUUUAAGUCCAGAGAUAUUAACACGAUGCCCACUCUGUACGAGUCGAUUGUCCAGCCACAUCUUGAAUAUGCUUCACCCAUUUGGGCUCCAAUUAGUUCAGCAGGUUUGCAAAAGGUCGAGCAGGUCCAAAGAGAUUUCACUAGGAAUAUCGCAGGAAUGAGAGAGCUCUCGUGAUGAGAGAGACUAGAAAAGUUGGGACUGUACAGUGUUCAGAGAAGCUACGAAACUGUACAUUGUCAAAAACAUAUAUCCAUGAGCUUUUGUGCCAACCCAGGAUUUAGGGUCAAUUCUAGGGAACGUAGAGGCUUGACGUCCGUUUUGAGAGCAACUUGUUGAAGUACGAGGGAUAAUCAAGUAUAGAUGAGACUAGGCCUAUAACUUGAGAAUGAACGAAUAUUUUUGAAAUAUGAGCUGGGAGGAUAAAUCUUUGACUCUUUUUCAUCAAAUUUCAUUUAUGGAAUCAAAUAAAAAAAAUAUGUCAACAACCUUCUUUAUGCCGCUGAAGUCGACAUCACUCGCUUACCCCCACGGAUUUUAUCAAGGCAUUAUGCAUUUCGUGUCAUCGAGGACUUGCGUCUUGGCGUGUAGACUUCGUGGAGAGGCCUAGAUCGACGUGGAAGACAUGUUGAGCUGUACAAUAAUAUGGACCAAUCUCUAUCCCAAUGUUUUUAAUAUUGUUGUUCGUACGCAUUGACCAAGAGGUCACCUUUGAAGGUGUGCUCCUUGGUCCUCUUCGUCUAGUGCCCUUGAUGUCUGUGUCCGUCUUCAGUUGCCUCACGAGCUUCAUGAAAUAUUUUUUGGAGUCAAACACUACUGCUCGAGUGAAUUGCUUGAAGUCCUAAGGAAGGGUUCAACGUGUAUUUGGUGAGUUAAUUGUGCAUAGACUUGGUUCAGCGAAAAACCGAGUACAUAAAGCAUGAGACGUAUCAAAUGAUGUAUAGAAGUAACUAACUCAUUGUAUGCAAAGCUACAAGAUGGUUGUAUUGUAUUACUAACCAAGAGCCUACUUUUCUGAACUGAUCAAAGAACCAGUGGUACUUUUUCCACUGCGUGAAAGUUAUAGGCCAUUGCAGUUACUUGUGUGUGUGUGUGUGUACUAGUCCAAAUGAAUAAACCGGUCCCGCGGCCAGGUAAGACCAGGUUUUUGCCCCCAUUUGUCAUCAACAAUGUCCUUCCGAACAACCGAAACCCAAUUCCUGGGUAUGUGGUUCAUUUUACCAAUUGUUAGUCAGUCAGUGAUCUGUCUUGAAUGAAGAAACACAAGGUCUUCUAAAGAUAUGUCUGAUAUCUGUUGAUUUCUUUUUCUAUGGAAUAAAAUGACGCACCUCAAGCGAGCUGUCAUUCUAUUGAUGGGUGUUUUGAUCAAUCUCAGCCUGGGGAUAGAUGUGCACUCGCCGACAAAGAGCGAUUAUGUGCUCACAUUGGGCAACAAAGCGAGCCUGGAGUUAUUUGGAGAUGCCUUCUCAGGCAAUUGCAUAGAAGAUGAAUCCAGCGAACAACUGGCAAUGGAGCACAUCCGGAAUACUUUGGUGUCCAUUUUGUCAGAGAGGAACUUUGAGCGAAUCAAACGCGCAAAUCGAACCGCACGUCAUAUUGGAAACAAUAUGUUUGGCCCAGGCUUUUGCUUUUGCCCACAAUCACCCCCAGGGCUGCCAGGUGCAAUGGGAGACCAAGGAGAACAGGGACCAAUAGGUGACCCUGGAAUCCCAGGAGUGAAUGGCGUGGAUGGUUUGGCAGGAGCAGACGGAUUGCCUGGAAUCCCUGGCAGACCGGGACUCACAGGCCCACUGGGCCCACCUGGAGAAACCGGUGAUCAAGGUUCCCCAGGCGGUGAUGGAACCCCUGGCGAAGAUGGAGUAAACGCAGAUGACGGCGCCAAGGGACCAAAGGGUCCGAUUGGUCCUCCAGGGCCGCCAGGUGAUCCUGGCCCAAGUGGCGAUCCCGGAACGCUUGGAAGCCCUGGGCUUAUGGGACGAAAAGGACCAUUUGGCCCCCAAGGAAACUUCGGACCUCCUGGAAUACUAGGCACUGAUGGUGAGGCUGGAGAAAUGGGAAUGACAGGUCCUCCAGGUCCUCGUGGUCCCUAUGGUCCCCCUGGUGAAAUUGGCGAGACUGGGGAUCCAGGCGACCCCGGGACUGAUGCAGAGCCAGGAGCCAAAGGAGUGCCAGGUCCCCCUGGCACACGUGGAACAGACGGAAAGGACGGAACAGACGCCCCAGAUGGUAAACAAGGAAAUGCUGGACCUGUCGGGAUGCCAGGGCCAACAGGAGCUCCAGGACCCAUUGGACCACUUGGCCCCAUUGGAGCUCCUGGGGAUCCUGGGGAUUCAGGUGACGAUGGGGAUUCUGCCGAAUAUGGAGAUUCUGGCGAAGAUGGAGAUUCUGGAGAGGCCGGUGAGGAUGGAUCGCCAGGACCAACUGGAUUUCAGGGGCCACAAGGUCCUCCCGGGAAAGAUGGAAAGGAUGGCGUUGAUGGGACUGAUGGUGCAGUGGGUCCUUGACCCAUUGGACCACUUGGCCCCAUUGGAGCUCCUGGGGAUCCUGGGGAUUCAGGUGACGAUGGGGAUUCUGCCGAAUAUGGAGAUUCUGGCGAAGAUGGAGAUUCUGGAGAGGCCGGUGAGGAUGGAUCGUCAGGACCAACUGGAUUUCAGGGGCCACAAGGUCCUCCCGGGAAAGAUGGAAAGGAUGGCGUUGAUGGGACUGAUGGUGCAGUGGGUCCUUAUGGAGAAAUAGGCGACCCAGGUGAAAUGGGAGACAAAGGUCCCACGGGUCCCCCGGGUCCUCCUGGUGACCCAGGCCCAAAAGGAGAGGAUGCUGCAAUCUAACGCCUCAAUCUGUCUCGUCAUCUAAAUCACAUCAUUUUUUUUUGGAAAGUCCAUUAUACAAAUAAGCAAGGAUGAUGCUAUGUUCAUUUUAAAUUAUACUUGUUUUUUUUGUUCUUCUUCAAAGAUUAUGAAACGUCACAAUA